CAUUUCCCACCUUCCCUUUCGGUCCUUGCACUCAGGGGAACAAGGUCGUGAAAAAAGGAGGACUUAGUGUGCUACCGCCAUUUCCUCAUUUUGGGUCCCUGCUCCUUCUGCAGGGCUUCCAACAGCGCCAUGUUGGGACAGAGCAUCCGGAGGUUCACAACUUCAGUGGUCCGUAGGAGCCACUAUGAGGAGGGCCCAGGGAAGAACUUGCCAUUUUCAGUGGAAAAUAAAUGGCGGUUGCUAGCUAUGAUGACUUUGUACUUUGGAUCUGGAUUUGCUGCACCUUUCUUUAUAGUAAGACACCAGCUCCUUAAGAAAUGAGGAUGUUUUAGUUAAUCCAUAAAACAGAUGAAGAACAUUUUAAGAGGUGCAGUCCCCUUGAAAAAUGGAUCAAACUGUUGAACUCAACAUAUUAGAUAUGUUUGUAAAUAAACUUAAGACAUGAAUCCCUAAUGCCUCUACUCUGAAAUAGAAAAUGUGAUAAUUGAAAA